ACCCAAGUUAUAUCCAGGCUGUCCGGGGGCAAGCCCAGUCUUCACAUCCCCUACCCGGACUCUAAGCUAACGCACAUCCUGAAGCAGUCCCUGGGUGGAAACGCCAGGACAGCAAUUAUAUGCACAGUAACACCCGCAGAUUUAAGCGAGACUGAGCUGACCCUCAAGUUUGCUACAUCAGUAAAGAGGGUCAGAACAGACCAAUAGUUAACGAAGUAAUAAGUGAGGAACCACUCAGGAAAACUUCAGGACCAACUGAGUAACAGUGAGAGAAAGAUGGAGGAGAAGGAAGGAGUAUUGGAGGAGAAGGAGAGAAAGAUGGAGGAGAAGGAAAGAGUAUUGGAGGAGAGGGAGGGUCCGCCCACUUAUAGAGAGGGAGAAGGAUGGAGGUUAUAAAUGGUAUGUCAGAGGGGACACCAUCUUCCCCGCCAAUUU